AAUUAUUAAUUAGUAAUAAUACUUUAUAUACUUCACUAUGGAUCAUAAUAUUAACGACGAUGAAAUCGUUCAGUUAUUAAUGGAUGAAUUUGCGGAGAACAGUGGCUCUGAACUUGAUGAAAAUGAUUCCGAUGAUGAUGAAACAGAUGAUUUAAAUAAAAUGUAUACAAAUUUGUCUCCGGUUGUACCUGAAUUUUAUAACUACGUUGAUGCUUUUGAUCAAUCAAACCUUGAACAACACAAUGAUGUUAUGGAAUACAAUGAAAAUUUGGCUAUUCCGCUUGAUGUGGAACAGCCUAACACUGAAGCACAUACGUGGGGAUUCGAAAGCGAUGAGGAAGAUGAAGAUCGUCCAAUGCAUGUACCACCAGCACUUGAUAGAUUACCUGUGAGUCACAGAAGACAAGGAGCUCUUCCAAAGUGGCGACAAAAAAAUUCAAAGCCUAAACCACAUCCAUUUACUGGUAAUCAAUACAUUACAAAUGAAGUAAACGAAAACUCCACUGAGCUAAAAUGUUUUCAAUUAUAUUUCCCACAAUUUAUUGUUAAACUUAUAAAAAAAGAAACAAAUAGAUAUGCAUUUUCAGUUAUUCGUUCCCUAAAAAGACGAAACGUUAUAAAAAAAAAUUCAAUUUGGCAUAAGUGGAAACCUUUAACUAUUUCCGAAGUGUAUAAAUUUUUUUCAAUAAUUUUGCAUAUGAGUUUGGUAGAAAAACCACAUAUUAAAGAUUAUUGGUCAACUAACCCUGUCUUACAAACGACAUACGCUUCUAAACUUAUGAAAAGGGAUAGGUUUAUUAGUAUUUUUUCUAUGCUACACAUAGCAAAUAAUGAUAAAUAUGUUCGCAAAGGUCAACCUGGAUAUGAUUCCUUAUAUAAAAUUAGAUCAUACGUAAAUUUUUUAAAUGAUAAAAUGUCAAAAUUAUAUUAUCCUGGUCAAAAUAUUACUGUAGAUGAAGGGGUGUGUCCUUUUCGUGGAAGAGUUCAUUUUAGAGUUUAUAUGAAAAAUAAACCCGAAAAAUAUGGCAUGAAAUUAUUCAUUGCUUCUGACCCUCUAACAGGGUAUACAUUAAGUUUCGAGAUUUAUUCUGGUAAGGGAGAGGAAAAUAAUUCAAUUAUACCCCUAUAUAGUCGAUUAUUAAAACAGUAUUUUAACAAAGGUCAUACUAUUUACAUGGAUCGAUUUUACACAAGUCCUAUGGUGUUGGAGUAUCUUUGGGAUAAUAAAACGAAUGGUGUAGGAACGGUGAUGGCAAAUCGUAGAGGACUUCCAAAAGAUAGUGUAGUUAACGCGAAGUUAAAAAAAGGUGAAAUGGCUUUUGCUAGGAAUGGUCCACAAAUUUGUAUUAAAUGGAAAGACACAAGAGACGUUCUUAUUAUGUCAACAUGUCACUCGGCUGACAUGGCACCUGUCACUGUAAAAGCUAGAGGAGGUCCAAUACAAAAAUUUAAGCCCGUGUCCAUCAUCGAUUAUAAUAAAUUUAAAACGGGAGUAGACCAUGGUGAUCAAAUGAUUACCUACUACCCCUUCAAACGAAAGACAUUAAAAUGGUGGAAAAAAAUGUUUUUUUAUUUAUUUAAAGUCAGUGUUGUCAAUAGUUUUAUUAUAUAUAAACAUUAUGCCAUACAGAAUAAAAAUCCCUGUUUGAAAACGUUUAUGCUCAAUCUCUGUCAACAAAUGUCCGAGAAAUCAGGUGAAGUAAUUGAGACUGGAACAGGAUAUGAGACAACUAAUGUUGAUAGGCUUAUUGGUAGACAUUUUAUAAAAAAAAUUCCACCCACACCAAAAAAGUCUAACCCUCGUAGAACGUGCAAAGUGUGCUCCAAAAAAAUUAAAACAGGAAAAUUAGAUAGGUGUAAAAAAGAAACCUCGUACUAUUGUCCAAUUUGUAAUGUGCCACUUUGCAUUGAAAACUGUUUUGAAGUUUACCACACGAAAAAACAAUAUUGGUAA